AUGGGGUCUGCUAGAAAGUUGAAGGCUUGCUAUGCCUGCACAAGCGGAAAACGGCGAUGCGAUAAGGCUCAGCCAACGUGUGGCCGCUGUGAAGAUCGAGACAUCGAUUGCCAUUACCCUACCACUAAGAGGAGGAGAGGAAAUACGUUCGAGGACGGCUGCAGCAACGCCCCUUGUCAAUUCUCAGCCAAUGACGGUACAUUGGGCUCUACAGAGGUUACCUUCUCGAACGAGACCGACGAUCUUAUCGACUUGAACCAGUGGACACGAAGCCUCAUUAACUGGAACGCUCUAACAGAUGAUCCCUUGCCUCUGUCGCACGGUCUUCAGCAGCCAUCUAUACCACAAGAACACCAUGAUCCUCCCGUCCUAAACCUUCAAGGUCCUUCUAUAUCGCCAACAGAGAUGCAGGACCCGGCAACGUGCCAAUCAGCCACGAGUACCACGGCGCUCUCCAGUCCAGCCAACAGUCUCAGAGUCUUUUUUGCGCCUGAAUCUUGGACGAUACGUCAUCUUUCGCUUAAUACCCCGACAUUUUCUUCAUCUGUUUGUAUGAACUAUAUACGCGGGAUACAAACAUGGUUCACCAACUGGGUUGUCCAUUGCCACAGCCCCUUCAUUCAUCGCCAACUAUACGCUGACACAGGCUUCCCCGACUCUAUCCAAGGCGCCUUCACCGCAAUUUCAGUGCACAACACUAAAACACCAGCCAACGAGGCCGUCAUUGAUGAUAUCCUCGAGGCUCGGGUUGCAUCACUUCUGAAGUCAUACCAAGAUUCCUAUCCAAGUAGCAGCCAGGACAUUAGCGUGUCUCGCACCCUCGACACACGAGAGCACUUGGCUCGUACACAGUCCUUGUUUGUACACCUAGUCCUGGGGUUGUUUUCGCCGUCCAUAAGGGCUCGAGCCAAUGCCGAGAAGCGCGUUCAGACUCUCCUUCACUGGACCCGCCAACUUUGGGAUGCUGCUCCUCGCGACCCGGAUAUCUGUCAAAGCCCAGAAGGCGACUUAACAGCAUCAACAAGCGCUUCAGCCGCUGAUGAGUUCUUUGACGGCGAUCCCUUACCACGACUGUGGCGAUCUUGGGUUCUCUCGGAGAGCAUACGACGGACCUGGCUUCUGGCAACUUCGAUGAUAGGAGUCUAUCUCACGAUACGACAGUCAUGGGCAGAGUGUCAGGGUGGUAUCCAGUUUACAGCCAGUUCAAACAUCUGGGACGCAAAAUCUGCAUCCACUUGGGCAAAAGAGUGUCGAAAUGCCGAUCCACUCUUCAUUUGUAGCUUGGAUGGUGAAAGCCUAUUCCGCACUGCAAAGGCUGUUGAGGUUGACGAAAUGGCGAGGAACCUAUUUACCAUCAUGUGGGGAGCUGAAAGGGUUGAGGCUUGGGUCUCUAGAACAGCGAGUGACAACGAUGACGUGCGUUUAACGUAUUGA